AUGGUGAGGAAGAAGAAUCCCCCUAUCCGGAGUGUGGGAGGUGAAGAGGAGGAGGAAGAGGAGGGGAGGAGGCCAGCAGGAGAAGAGGAGGAAGAAGGGGAGGAGGAGGGGAGAGUGGGAGCCGAGGCCGAGCGAAUAAACCGACCCUCCGAACCAGAGUCCUCCGAACGGAUCAGAGCGGAUGAGGAGCAGCAGCAACAGGAGGAGGAGGAGGGGGAGAGCGAGUGCAUUUCCUCGUCCGUCUCCCCCUCGUCUGUCGGCGAUCGCUACGGUAACGAGGAGAGAGGGGGGAGGAGGGGAGGGAGGGCCAAGCAAGGAGGACCGGCGGCAGCGGCAGCGGCGGCGGCAACCGACAGACCCGAGAGCCAGUCGGAGCCUGAGGAUGGGGAGAAGGGGGUAGAGGAGGGGGAGCGGGGCGACAGAGACAGGGGGGAGGCAGAUCACCUCACCCCUCCCUUCCCCUCCGCUGCCCACCACCUCCUCCUCCCCCGGCAGGAAGGAGGGGAGGAGUCGGCGACGGACACCCCGCCGCUCUGCUACAGCCCCUCUCCCAAACUCCAGGACUUCAAGUGCAAUGUGUGCGGUUACGGUUACUAUGGCAACGACCCCGCCGACCUGGUGAAGCACUUUAGGAAGUAUCACCUGGGUCUGCACAACCGCACACGACAGGAUGCUGCCCUCGACACGCACAUCCUGGCCCUCCACAACAUGGCUCCCCAGCACACACCUCUAGACAUCCAGGCAGGACAAGGGCAGAGGAGCCAAGCCAAAGAGUUGGGAAAGACGAGGCCAGAUAUACAGAAUCCACAGCACAGGACGGUUAUGAUGAACGGCACAUAUGACGUACAGGUGACGUUGGGUGGCACGCUAAUCGGGAUCGGCCGGAAGACCUCUGAUUGCCAGGGCAACACUAAGUACUUUCGCUGCAAAUUCUGCAACUUCACAUACAUGGGCAGCAAUUCCUUGGAACUCGAGCAGCACUUCCUGUCCUCGCAUCCAAACAAAGUCAAAACUCCGCCGAGCACGCCCCUGCUGGCCACCAACAACCUGACGACGCACGAAAACCAGCUGAAAGGGAGGAGUCAGGUGUUCGACGGGGCGGAGCGAGUGGCGGUGCGGGCGGAAGACGACUCUCUGGUCGGGUACUUCAUCCCCGUCCGUGCCGAUUCCUCGGGCUGGACGGGAGAAGCCGGCCGAGGAGGCAUGCAGGCGUAUUAUUGGUGUAAGUUCUGCAGUUGGAGUUGCGAGUGGUCGGGGGGUUCGGCGAAGCUUUUGGAGCACUAUGAACAAAGACACAGAAUGAGCGGUACUAUGAGCCCCAACAACUCCAAUCCUGGAGGAGAGAGAGAACGAGGAGGAAGAAGAGACGGAGGAGAACGAGACCACAUGGCAUCCAAAAGCCGUAAAGAUCAAUCAUCCACUCCAUCCAGCACCAGCCAAGGAGACCCAAACAGCAGUGACUCAGAAGCAGUCGUGACCAGUUACAACUGUCAGUUGUGUGAUUUCCGGUACUCGAUGGCCCACAGUGCAGAUGUGAUCGUGGUGGCGCCGUUACUGCUGCACUACCAGCAUAACCACUCCAUCCACCGCUGCUGCAUCCAGCACUGCAUGUACUGUCCACAGGGGCUCUGUCAGCCACAUAAACACCUUGGGGAGGUGUCCCACCCGUUCGCUUGUCGGAAGUCCACCUGCCCUAAAUGCUGUGCAAAGUUUCCUCAGUCCACCAAACAGCAGGACGCCAUCGCUUCAAAACCCGCCACCGCCACCUCGCCCAGUCUGACCCCUCCUAACCCUAGAGGCGACCCCGGUGUGAUCUCCAACUUUCACCCCUCUAACCCCGCCCAUCCUGUCGUCACACAAGGCGUCACGCAUUUGUGCGACCAGUGCGCGUUCGCCACCACCGACAUCGACGUGUUGCUGCAACACUAUGAAAGCUGCCACACCCUGAUCAACCUGAAGGGGGCCCCCCCACACGUCAAGGCCGAGGAGGAGGCUGGGGGAGACAAGGACGGAGGAAGAGGAGGAGCAGGAGGAGGAGCGGGGGAGAGGGAGUACUCGUGUACAAAGUGUCACUUCAUCACAGAAGUGGAAGAAGAGAUUUUUAGACACUACAGGCGUGUCCAUGCGUGUUGCCGUUGUCGACGCUGUGAUUUCACGGCCCCCGAUUCAUCGGCCCUCCUCGACCAUUUUAACUCUGCCCACUGUCACGACUCCUCUCCCUCGUUAGGCUCAUUCACCACGACCUCCCUGCCCACCUCGCUGACACCAUCGCUGACGCUCUCGGCCAACGGCUGCUCGGCUCCCUCCACCUUGGCAAUUAAAGAGGAGAGCAAGGGGGACAUUCGCCUCCUCUACUCCCUCGCGCCGCCCGAGGGACGCUUGGCAGAAGGUGGCAGAGAGGAGCCGGGCGGGGUGGUCAAAAGCGAGGGAGGUGAGGAGAAGGAGAGAGAGCGAGAGAAGGGCUGGGUUCUGGGUGAGACAAGAGGACUGGGGGAAAGAGGAGGCGAGCAGGCCCACGGUUUGCUCUGGGUGCCCAAGGAGCGAAUGGGACCCGAGAGAGGAGUGGAAAGAGGAGCAGGAAGUGGGAGCCCCUCUCUUUUCCCUUCCCCCCUCUCGCUGUCUUUUGUUUCAGCCAAUCACGAGGCCUCGCAGCAGAAGAGAGGCGUGGCUUCACCUAGCAUGGUUUACCUGGGAGACACCAAGUCGUUUUUGGGAGAUACCAAGUCAUUUUUGGGAGAUGCCAAGCUGUACGGGGGAGGGAGACCAGGAGGAACCGCUGCAGCUGGAGGUGGAGGGGAGAAGCAGAGCCAGAUGCCUCCCCAGCAGUACACGGCAGGAGGAGGAGGAGGUGCUGGAGGAGGAGGUGGAGGAGGGAGUGGAGGUGGAGGAGGACAGGACGGGAAAGGAGGAGCCACGAAAGAGGAGUCCCAAUCCCUGCUUAGGCGGCGCAGAGGUAGCGGCGUUUUCUGCGCAAACUGUCUGACCACCAAGACGUCGCUGUGGAGGAAGAACGCUAACGGAGGCUACGUCUGCAACGCAUGUGGUUUAUACCAAAAGCUACAUUCGACGCCCAGACCUCUAAACAUCAUCAAGCAGAACAACGGCGAGCAGAUCAUCCGACGACGAACCCGAAAACGCCUCAACCCUGACUCGCUGUCGUCUGAAAACCCCGCCCCCAAGCAGCAGCGAAUCGCCAACGAGGAGCGCAUGAACGGGGAGGAGUCGGACAGGAGCUGUGCUUCGGUCAAAAACCAGCAGCCUUCCCCUCGCUCGCGCUCCCCGCGAUCCACUCAAGCCUUCUUAGCCAAUCAAACGUUGGAGAUCCACAGACGCAUGCCGCCUCUCCUCCUCCCCUCACAUCCCCCCUCCUCGAUGGUAGCUGAGGGCAACGGGGGCAUCGCCGAGGGGGGGAUCACCUCAAAAGUGGAGGGGGGUAAAGGAGGAGGAGGAUCAGAAAGAGGCAGCCCCAUUGAAAAGUACAUGCGUCCGUCCAAACCGUCUAGUUACUCACCUCCUGGUUCGCCCAUUGAAAAAUAUCAGUACCCCCUUUUCUCCCUACCCCUGCCGUUAACCCUGUCUCCAGAUCUGACCCCUGAGUCAGACUGGCUCCGAUUCUGGACCAAGUAUAAGAUGGCAGCCGCCUCUGGGGUUCCUGGUAGCAUCAGUAACCUAAGCAGCCCUGGUAGCCUCGGAAAUAACGCUCACUAUAUCGGUGCAAUGGUGACGCCAGUCCAGCAUCAUCAGCAAAGCUACACGGUGCCUUACUGCGCCUCUCCUUACUCUCCUCUCCCGCCUCCUCCAGCUCCCGCUCACUACCCUCCUCCUCCUCUUCACACCCAGACCUCCUCGUCGCCAUCAUUAGAGAACGAGGCUCCUCUGGAUCUCGCAAUAAGACAAAGAGAUACCGGCGCCGUUAAUGCGCACGUGUCAACAAACGGUGCCGAGAGGAGACGGCAGGAGUUGCCGCUGACGGAGAGGUUGAGAGGGAACUGGAAAGGAGAGAAAGAGGAGGGAGAGAGGACAGAUGAAGGAGGGAAUCCGGGUGAGGAGAUGGGGAAGGAAGUAAAGGAUAGUUUGACGAAAUGUCAGUCGAGCGUCCCGUCAAAUCGCACAAUGGUGGAAGUGGCCACGCAGGACGACCUGACCAACCGCUGCAUCCACUGCGGGAUCUACUUCCUGGAUGAAGUCAUGUAUGCCCUGCACAUGAGUUGCCACGGCGACAAGGGACCAUACCAGUGCAGCUUUUGCCUCCACCUGUGUGUGGAUCGCUAUGACUUCACCACGCACAUACAGAGGGGCUUACACAGGUACACAGACAAAACGUCGCCGCAGAAAGGUCACACGCAAGACGGCACGAUCCAGGACGCUGGCGAGUGUGAGAGUCCAAAUGUGACGACGGAGGAGAAAGACGGCGAGGAUCAGCGCGAGGUCGCAGGCGAGAGCGACGACGUAAUAGGAACAUGUCAGGACGACCAAGCAGAAGAAAACACGGGCAGCGACGCCAAUGACAAUGAAACGGGAGCUGAAACGGAGGCAGGAGGAGACGAACCUGCCAUAACGAACCAGGAAUCGGAAGGCAAAGCAGCGUCGGAUACCAGCGACGACGUCACGAAAACCACGGAGGUCACGGCUGUUGCGGAGUCUGAAAAGUUGGACGAGAACACAGAAGGAAAUUAAAUCAUGUCUUUGACUCACGCAAACCUUUAAGAACGUGUUAUUGGAUGAAUAAGCUGUAUGCCUUCAUGUUCCUGGAGGCGAGCUCAUGUCAACAUGGGCUUAUCCUGGGCACUAAAUAGAACACAUCCUUAUGCUGGAAGCACUCGGCUGUCAAAUGGUCAAAAAUCAUUGUAGGAUCCAGCUGAACUACAGCAGGCGCAGUUUGGAGAAAUCGCCUGAAUCCUCCGUUGAGUGACAGUCACUUGACAGCUCUGUGGCAAGAAUUCAACAACGGAGUCCGGGCAUGCAGUUCAAAUCACCUUUAAUAAACAGCCACUUCUUGUGCUUUCCAUGUAAGAGGAUUUGGAAGCUGGACUGAAAGUUGGACUGGUCAUAUUUAGGAUGAGUUUGAGGAGCUCAACUCUUGCCUCGCCACCGAACAGCAGAGCAAAAAAAAAGAAAAGAAAAAAACAAGCUAGAAGCAAAACAAACAAACUGAACUGAGCUGAACUGACUUCUUACGCGCCACGCUAACACGCUGGUCCAAACUAGUCUGGUGUAUCAUUCAGACUGUUCUAUGUCGGUACAACCAGAUCUGAUCUGGUUAGAACUUCUUGCCCAGAGCAUGUGUUUGACUGUUUCUUUUGUUUUUCUCUGUGCAAAUGGAUCAAAAAAAACCAAAACCUAUCUUGACUAUUUGACACCAGCUUGGGCUGGGCUGCAGUUCCUUUGGUGUUACCUUGGUACAGUAUGAUCAGUUGGUUUCUUUCACUCGUGCCCUGUUGUUUUUCAAACUGAUGGAGUUCUUGGAUCAAUGCAAAAUCACCGCCGGGUGGUGGCGGCUCCAGUAGACUGGUGGGGUUUGAUUUAACCAUGACUCUCUGAACUGCUUACAGCCAGUUUCAUCCGAUAGAAGCGGUGUAACUCCAGACCGAAGUGUUCUCUUCAUCCAUUGGGAUUAAACCAAGUGACAUUAUUUUCUACCUUCCUCCGUGCCAUGAUACUAGCUAUGUGCCUGGCUGCCUGCCUAAUAGAACAACCAUCUAUUAACCUGCUUAACAUUUAUAUUAAUAAUAAUAAUGGUAAUAAUAAUAAUGAUGACGAUAUCGUACAAAAAAAUGCAAUUUGCUACACUUUCGUAUAUAAUAUGUUAUUUUGUAAAGGCAAAUAAUGCUUUUUUUUGCAGGAAAUGGUACUAUAAAAAUUAGUCUAUUUGAGUUUUGUUUUGUUUUAUUUUUCCUCUUGUUUUUGAGCUAUUUGUUGUUUAUGUUCUUAAUGAGACUUCGAUAACAGCCGUCUAACAGAAAUGGUACAGCAAAAAGAAAAAAAAAAA